UGUAAUGUAAAUAUUUAAGAACACCAGCUGUGGAUAUCAACUUGGCAGCACCCGCAACGUUGCCACACAGUUAUCAUUCGAGCAUUUUAUUUCGUCAGCAAACAUCAGGAGGAUGGUGGCCAAUGAGGAUCUGAUUCUACAGUUCCAGCGGCUCGGCAUGAGCGAGCAGAAGGCCAAAGAGACCCUAAAGAACGCCAAUGUAACCCGUAACCUGCAAUUGGCUUUGUCAGAGAGCGGCUCUAAUGAUUUGAGCGAUGGCGUCGGCAUGCUACUUUACCACAUGGCGAGCAAACUAAAACCCCAAAUAGCUGAUCAUUUGCCGCUCCUGGUGCGCUACAUUGUAGCCCGAAAGCUAGACAACACGCAACGCGUUGAUGCGGCUCUCGAGUAUCUACUCAAGAGCGUGCAGAAGAAGAACGCGGCCAUUGAUGCGGAAGAAUUCGAACGUGAAUGUGGAGUAGGUGUUGUGAUUACGCCCGAGGAGAUUGAGCGCGUGGUACAGGAUAGGAUUAGGGGCAGCUACAAGCAAGCGCUGCUGGACCAGCGCUAUCACUUCAAUGCGUUCAAAAUUAUGCAGGAUGUGCGCACACAGUUAAAAUGGGCGGACGCAAAGUCUGUAAAGGCGGCUAUAGAUGUGGAAAUUUUUGACUUGCUGGGUCCCAAGACCGAGGCGGAUCUCAAGCCGCUGCCAAAGCAAACAAGCAGCGACAAACAGCAGCAGGCCAAGCCAAAAGUUACGGAGGUGGCAGCAACCGUUGCCGAGCCCAUCUCCGCCACAGAUGGUGCCAACACCAUUGCCGAGCUGAUGAGGACGAAGGUGCAUUUUCACGCGCCCGGCGAGAACUACAAGUCGGAUGGCUAUGUGGUCACCGAGCAGACCGAGCGUUUAUUGCGCGAACACCUUCAGCGCACGGGCGGGCGCGUCCAUACGCGCUUUCCACCAGAGCCUAAUGGAAUCCUGCAUAUUGGACAUGCCAAGGCCAUAAAUAUCAAUUUUGGGUAUGCGGCCGCCCAUAAUGGUGUCUGCUAUUUACGCUACGAUGACACGAAUCCGGAGAAAGAGGAGGAGAAAUUCUUUGUGGGCAUACACGACAUGGUUGAGUGGCUCGGGUAUAAGCCAUAUAAGAUAACUCAUUCCUCGGACAAUUUCCAGCAGCUUUACGAAUGGGCAGUGCUGCUGAUACGCAAAAAUCUGGCCUAUGUGUGUCAUCAGAAGGCCGAAGAGCUGAAGGGUUUCAAUCCCAAGCCUAGUCCAUGGCGUGAGCGUCCCAUUGAGGAGUCCUUGCAGCUCUUCGAGGACAUGAAACGCGGCAAAAUAGACGAGGGUGCGGCAACAUUGCGUCUUAAGCUGACGCUGGAGGAAGGAAAAGUAGAUCCGGUGGCGUAUCGUAUCAAAUUCAUACCGCAUCAUCGUACUGGUAGCGCAUGGUGCAUUUAUCCAACUUAUGAUUACACGCAUUGUCUGUGCGAUUCCAUUGAGGACAUCACACAUUCGCUGUGCACCAAAGAGUUUCAGUCCAGACGCUCCUCAUAUUAUUGGCUGUGCAAUGCGUUGGGUAUUUAUUGUCCCGUACAGUGGGAAUAUGGACGUCUGAAUAUGAAUUAUGCGCUCGUCUCAAAGCGUAAGAUUGCCAAGCUGAUUACGGAGCGCAUUGUGAGCGAUUGGGAUGAUCCACGUCUGUUCACCUUGACGGCCUUACGUCGUCGCGGCUUUCCUGCCGAGGCCAUCAAUAAUUUCUGCGCCCAAAUGGGCGUGACAGGCGCUCAAAUUGCCGUUGAUCCCUCCAUGUUGGAAGCAGCUGUACGUGAUGUACUGAAUGUCUCGGCCCCAAGACGUCUCGUUGUGCUGGAACCCCUGAAGGUGACAAUUACCAAUUUCCCUCAUGCGGCGCCAGUGGAGCUGGAAGUUCCUGAUUUUCCACAAAAUCCCUCCCAAGGCACGCACAAGAUUAUACUGGAUAAGGUAGUUUACAUCGAACGCAGUGACUUUAAACUGGAGCCGGAGAAGGGCUACCGUCGCUUAGCGCCCAAACAGUCCGUCGGCUUGCGUCAUGCUGGACUCAUUAUCAGCGUGCUGCAGGUGAAACAAGACGUAAAUGGUCAGGUGCUGGAACUGGAAUGUAGCUGCGUUUCUGCCGAACAGGCUGUGGAGAAACCCAAAGCAUUUGUCCAAUGGGUCUCACAGCCCAUUGAACUGGAAGUGCGUCUCUACGAACAGCUGUUCAAGCACAAGAAUCCCGAGGACCCGAAUGAAGUGCCCAAUGGUUUCCUGAGCGACAUCAACGAGCACUCCAUGUCGAUGGUCAGCGCAUACGCCGAUCGUGCGCUGAACGGCGUAAAGGUCUACGAUAAGUUCCAAUUUGAACGCAUUGGUUUCUUCUCUGUGGAUCCCGAUAGCCAGCCAACACAUCUGGUGUUCAAUCGCACUGUGGGACUCAAGGAGGACUCCGGCAAGAAGUAGAGAUGGCCAAACGAGAUUUUUUCAUUUUUACAUAUAUGUGUGUGUGUAUAAAAACCAAUUUGCUCACAAUAAAAUUGCUUGAGAUAUAAUAAAUUCUAA